AUGCUAAUGGAUCUAAAAGAAAGAGUUGAUAAGCUUGAUGAUAUGUGUAAAGAUAUUAAUAAUCAAGUUGACGAUAUGACAGCAACGUUAAAUACGGCAUAUAAUGUUGGUGAAAGUAAUGCAUUAUAUACGAUUACUGCUCGUUCUGUUGAUUUUAUCAUACGUUUUGUUAAACAAAUAUAUGCUACAAUCAUUUCAAUUACAAAGUAUUCUACAAAAGCAUUACUGGCAGUAUCAAAUUCAGUAUUACCAAAUGCUAUCAAUAAAGAAAAGAAAAUUGAUACGCUUAUAUCAACAUCGCUAUAA